UUUAUACAUAUAUUUUUAAGUGUUGAUUUUACAAUUUUUUUGGAUUUAAGUACACUAUUUUAAGAUGCAGGGUAUUGGUAUUAAGACACAAGACAAUGGAAUUUUACCAGCAAGCAAAGACAUUGGAAAAAAUCGCAGAAAAUCUCGAUGGAAGCUUAAAUUUCAUCAUCAAGCAUUACCUCCAGAGUAUUUGAACCAUUAUGAAGCAUCCAUGAUGUCUCCUCAACCAUCUUCAGGAAUUUCAUCAUCUCCUACACCUAUCCUUUUCACGGGAAAUGUCAAAUCAAAACUACCACCAGAAGCUCAAACUAGUGUCCGUUUUGAUGAUCUACCAUACAUGGGAGAGAUGACAUUAGAUAAUGCAAAACCACGGAGAGGACGCAAACCAAAAAAGGCUGAUAUAUGUCACUUGAUAUAUAAAAACUACGGUACAACCGUUGUAGAAGAACCGUUGAACCUAUGCGUCAGGGACCAGAUAUCAUCAAUAAAUGAUUUUCAACUACCUGGUUCUGCCAGUCUCCAGGAAACGCUGAAUAUUCAAUCAAAAGACUCUAAACGUAAGAGCAAAAAGUCACUGGCUCGAGAGCGUUUGGAAAAAACAUUUAAAGAAAAAGGUUUCUUAAUACAGACGCAACAACUGGAAUCCGCCCAAGGAGCCACAUACUGUAAAUUUAGACAGUUAAGAAAGUUUACACGGUAUCUGUUUAGAAGUUGGAAACAUCAUUUACCUGGUGAUGUCGUAGACAACGGUGUCAAUAGUCAGAUUACUUGAAUUGUCAACUAAUUAAAUGAUAUGAUUUAUAAGUGUUCUUUCUAUGAGUGAAUUAUAUAUAUAAUAAUUCUUAGAACUCAAUACACAGACGAGUGUAAAUUACGAAUAUCUAAGUAUUUAGAAACGAAAUUAAAACCAAUGUGUUAAAAACACAAUUUAAUAAUUUAUUGGAGACAAAGAAGUUUUGUUGGUGAGUGUUAUUAUACAAUUUUGAAAAAGAAAAACGUAUUUGCUGAAGAAAAACAUCGAAUUUAAAUGUCUAAAUGACGUAAAAUUAUAAACAACACAUGAGCUUGAUGCAAAGUGAACUUGACGUUUGUUUUAUGAAAUCUUUCAUUUGUACAAUUGGUACUGCAUUUAAUACUUAAUUGGAAUUAUUAAAUUCGUGUACCUAUUUGAAUUUACACCAAUACCAUCGUUAUUCAAAAAAAGUAAAUAUUUAAUCAUUUGGUAACAAUAAAAUAAUUGUAAUGAGAAAGAUACUAUUCAUCAUUAAAUUAAAUUUUACUUUUUUAAAAUUAUUUUAUGAUUUCUAAAACUUGGGAUCGAUUAAAAUGAAGAUUUUCAAUGAAUUCGUUUACUUCCUUAAACACAUUUAUGUAUGGGGGAAUAAGCCGAUUGGAGACCUUGACAUAUGUAAUAAGUUAUAACGUUUCACAAUAUAAUUUUAAAAACUAUUUUUAGUAUAAACGUGAACUUUAAAAUGUAUUAUAAGGAAUGACGAAAUAUGAAUAAUAUAAUUAUAUUGGUCUACAAAUUCGUAAAUUAUAUUAUUAUAAUUUUAUUUCUCUUUUUAGUAUGACUUUGUGAGAUUCAAUUUUCAUAAUUAUUUAUAUUAACACUGUUUCCAAAAUUAUUGGUCACGUCCAUAAUAUUCUGUUGUCUUGUGUCAUAUUAUACAAUAAUAUGUAAUAGUACGUACUUAUUAUGUUUGUAUCAUAUUUCUUAAAUAAAACGUGCAAAAAAAUAUAAACCAACCGUCAAUCGUCAUAACACAUAACAGAAAUAUAUAUAUAUAUAUAUAUAUAUAUAUUUAUAUUAAACAUAUAGAUAAGAUAAAUUCACACAAACACACAUUUAUAUAUUAUAUGGUAUGAUAUAAGUUUUCAAAAUUGUG